AUGUCUACGGCAUAUUUAACUAAUAAAAGUUCAACUGUACUACUAUUUGUUACAACAAAUGACUCCGUCUAUGGCUUUGGUUAUAAUUCAUGGGGAUGUCUGGGUUUGGGUCAAAAUAAAAGAGUGACGACACCACAACUCAUACCCGAAUUGUGUGGACAACGGAUCCGACAGUUUAUCAUUGGAUGCGAUUUUGUGUUGGCUAUGAAUGAAGACAACCAUGUGUUCAGUUGGGGACACAAUGAUAAGGGACAGUGUGGCAGAGAUGAGAUAUCGUAUUUGAAUGACAAGAAUAUAACGCAAAUCAGUUGUGGUACUUAUCACUCCCUCGCUCUCACCACCGGUGGACAGGUGUACGGGUGGGGCAAUAAAUCAUUUGCCAUUACUAUCAAUGAAACUAAUCCAGGUGAAAAUCCUUACAAAAAUCAAUUCAUUAAGUUGUCGGAUAAGCCCAUAGGUUCCGGAAGUUUCGGAUCUGUGUUUAAAGUAAAACAUAAAAUCGAUGAACAGAUAUAUGCCGUCAAAAGAAUUGAAAUUAAUGAAUUUUCUGAUAUGAGACAAGUAUUGAGUGAAGUUAAGAAUUUAGUUAAAGUUCACUCCGAAUAUGUGGUCCAGUAUUUCAAUUCAUGGGUUGAAGUGAAUUCAUUGUAUAUUCAAAUGGAGUUCUGUUCACAGAAUUUAAGGAAUAUUCUGGAAAUAAAAACAAAAGUAUUUGGUCGACAAAUCGGAGAAGCGAUGGAUUGUGUCGAUGUUCAGUAUUUGCAUGAAUUGAAUCCACAGAUCAUUCACAGAGACCUCAAACCAGAAAACAUAUUAAUGGCUGAAAAUAUAAGGAACGGUAGAUUUAUUAAGUUAUGUGACUUUGGUUUGGCUAAAGUACACGACAAAAACAUCAAUUAUAUGACUCCGGAUAAGCACUCUGCAGGUGUGGGUACACUAAAAUAUCAAGCACCAGAAGUAGUUCAGGGUAUAUAUGGACAUAAAGUGGAUAUUUAUAGUCUGGCAUUAAUUGGUCAAGAUAUAUUUGAGUUUAAUUUGUUUUUUAUUGACCUUGAUAAGUAUGAAAACUAUUUUAGAAUUUUAAGAAUGCAAUAA